AAUGGUGAGGGCCCAUCAUCGUGUGGGGAUCAGGGAGAAUGGGACAACAAAUCCACCUCAAGUGUAUCGGAGAUGUCGGUAGCGUGCCUACAAGACCGUAUUCAACAGAUGGAAGAAACCCAUUACUGCACAAACGAAGAGCUCCAAGCCACUUUACAGGAGCUAGAUGACCUUCGAGAGCAGCUUUCCGAAUGCCAGUUGGAGGUGCAGCAACUACAGGAAGAAAAACAGGUAAUACUCGAAUCUCUGACUCAACAAACGGAAAAGCUAAAUGAAGCUCGGUCUCAUAAUGACACGCUCAAGCACAUGCUGAUUCAACAAUCUGAAAAUAGUCAGGAUUUGUCCCAGUGUGAAAAGACUCAACGACUUAUGGAGUUAUUAAAGAGUGCACAAGAAGAUCGCGAGUUAUUGCAAAUGAAGCAGGAAGAGCUAGAACAGCAACUUGCUACAACGAAAGAAGCUGAAGAACGUUACCAUCGUGAGUCGCAACUAAUAAGAGACAGGAUGAAGCUUCUAGAGUCUAUGGUUGAGGCUGCUAAUAAUGAGAAGAAGGCAGCUGAGAACCAGUUAGCAGAAGCCCUAGAGUCUACUAAAGCCACAGAGAUUGAAACUACAAGAUUGCAGACUGCCUUGGAUACUGCAAAAGAAAAGAUAACAGAAUUAGAGGCAGCAGUUAUAUCUGGAGAGAAGAGUAAACUGCCUGAUGUACUGGAGAGAGUAAGGCAAGAGAAAGACACAAUAGAAAAGGAAAAUGGUUCACUUCAACAGAAAGCCAAUGCAAUGGCAUGUGAGAAUGAAAGACUCAAAGAUCAAAUAUCUACACUACAGGAUGAACUAAUGGUAGCCCGAAACAAUGCCAGGAGUCAACUGGAGGAUGCUGACUGGAAAAAGGCUCAGCUAGAAGCAGAACGGCACCAUCUACAGGAAGAGGUGGAAGUUUUAAGAGCCACAGUUGAAGACCUUAAACUGGCAUGUCAACAUCAUCUUGAAGAUAAGAGAGACCUUAAAGCUAGCUUAUCUGAAGCCCAGAAAAAAUUAAAUGAGGCCAAUGAAAAGUUGUCUGAAAAAGAUCGUUGCAUCAGCGAGGAGAAGGCACAUUUUAAUAAACAGGUGGAAGAAUGGGAGCAGUUCCAAAGUGAUUUGUUGAUGACAGUUCGUGUUGCAAAUGACUUCAAGACAGAAGCGCAACAUGAUCUGGAACGCUUGACUCAAGAAAAUGUCAUGCUCAGAGACAGACUUAAGCAGCUAGGCCAGGACCUUGAAAAGGCCAAGGCUGUGAAAGUGUGCAGCCCUGUGAAUAUUAGCAGUAAUACCACCUUGAACAAUGGCAGCAGUGAUCGCCGUACUGUACGUGCUGUACCUACAUCCCUGCCUAAUGGUGAUCCUAGCAUCCUUGCUGAUCGCCGUAACCCUCGCCCCCUGGCACGAGGUGAUUCCAGAGUUAAAUCCCUUAUUGAAUCUAUAGAAAGUGCUACUAGACAGACACGUGCUGGCUCCCGAAGCUCUUCCACAUCAAGUUUAUGUAGUACAAGCAGUGAAAGCAACAUUAAUAAUAAUAAAACUCCUAUUCUGAAGCGAGCUGAUACAGAGACGGCAAUCCGGGGUGGUUCAUCACCAUUGAAGGAUGCAGGAAAUACCCUCGGCUCAUCAGUGUCCUCGCCUCUGAGAGCUAUCCAGCGCAAUUCCUUCACAGAGGGCAUCACUCAAUCCUCUCUUUCUCAGUCUACCUUCUCAAAGCCAUCUCCAGGCUCUUCCAAUCUCUCUGACAAUGUAAAGAUGUCUCAGUUAACUGAUAAAAACUCUGGAAAAAUUUCUACUCUUGGCUCUGGAGAAAAUGUCUCUAAACCCAUUUCUAUCUUAAGCAACAAGAUUGAUCAUUCCAUGAGACGCAAUAGUUAUGGACAGAUUAGUGCUGUUGUUGAUAAGAAAGAUCCCUUGGCUUCCCUAGCACAGAGUGGGGGAUCAAAGAGAAAUGCUUUACUGAAGUGGUGUCAGAAUAAGACUUUGGGCUACAACAAUGUUGACAUUACCAACUUUAGCUCCAGCUGGAAUGAUGGCCUUGCUCUAUGUGCCAUCUUGGACACGUACCUUCCACAUAAAAUAAACUACAAAUAUCUUUCACCUCAGAAUAAGAGACAGAAUUUUCAGGUUGCAAUAUCAGCUGCAGAAUCAGUGGGAAUACCAAAUUUAUUGGAUGUCAAUGAUAUGAUAACAUCUGAACGUCCAAACUGGCAGACCGUUUAUAACUAUGUCACAUCUAUCUUCUGUCAUUUUGAGACAUGAGCUAUUAAAGCCUUAAAAAUUAUGAACCAUAAUGCUUAACCAUAUUUUUGUGAUUGCUAAAAUGUGCUAGCAUUAAAAGAAAAGACCUGGGGAUUAAUGCAGCCUUCUUCAAACAUGACAUUAAAACUUUCUUAUUCAUGCUGGGGAAAAAAGUGUUUAUAUAUAUAUUAUACAUACACAUUGUGUGUGUGUGUUUGGCUUAACCAAUUGAAAUUUUUUCUUCUGCAGUGGUGAAAAGUGCCUUCUGUCGUACUUUUUAAUUUGUUACACAUAGUUUACCUUAAUUAUUCAUAUCUUUAAAAGUUGUAACUUAAUGGCAGUUAUGCUCUUAUUUCUUUUAGAAUUGGUUUUGUUUAUAUUUAAAGGAGGAAUCUGUCUAGUCUGAAUUUUUAGUUUGCAGAAAAGACAAGAAAAAUCUUGUUAAUCUGGCUGUGUAUAAAGUUCUCAGUAUAAGAAAUUUAUAUAUUUUAUGCUGUAUUCAGUACAAAAAAUAUUACUGCAGCAUUUAUUGAAUGACAGAAUUUCAUCAUUCCAAGUUGACAACCAAACUUUUUAAUUGAUGUUUUUAGGAAUUAUAAAGUUCUGUUAUUAACCUUCAAUGGUAAUGCAGAAUAGUUACUGUUAUAAUAAGCUGUGAUAACUUUUCUUUAAGCACAUAGUGACUAAUCCCCAUGUAUUUCAUUUGCAUCCAUUUUGUAUGACAGCUUACAUGUAAGGUAAUGCUCUAGCUCUAGUUAGCUGGGUGCUAACUGAGCUGCGAGGAUUACUGUGCCUGACUACACGUGUAAAAAGCAGUUUAUGCUAAUUUUCCUUGCAUCCUCAAUGUUUUCCUCCUUAAUUUGUUGAGGAUUGUCAAAGCAUAAACUUUUCAGCUUUAUGAAUAUCCUUGGCAUAAAUUUCUUGCAGUCAAUUUGUGCCUUGCCAUGAAAUGAAAAAUUUAAGCAAUGUAAACAAUGAAACUAGUUAUCAUGCUUAGAUAUAUUAUGUGCUUUGAGGCAGUAUAUUUUUUUUUUUUUUUUUUUUUUUUUUUUUUUGUUCAGGAGUCUGAAGACAAGCAAGAUGUAGUGUUCCAGCAAAGUAAAGUAUUAAUUUCUUUACUUGCCAGCUUAUGUUCCCAUUAGAAAAAAUACUGUACACCUUUUCUAUGCCAAUCAUCAGCUUGAUUUGUCAAAUUCUAUCACUAAUGUACAAAGUUCUGUAACCACAGCCAAACUGACAUAUUACAGUGGCUAUGUAAAUAUGCUUGUAUAUAGUAAAUGUUUAGUUUUAAGGGUGAUUAUAUAUGAAGUACUAGUGCAACAUGCAUGUAUGCUUGUAAGUUCCUAUGGCACACAUGGAAGCAGUAUUAUGAUAAACAUUGAAGCUUC